AGAAUUGUUGUCUGUUAUUUCUCCAAACCCCGGGUAUCAUAAGAAUGGCGACGUCGUUGACAAGCCAGUUGGAAAAUUUGAGAACAUCGGCCGCUCGUCACUUGACGGUUGAGAAGCGCCAUGUUUCUUUAUUGUUCGAUAGAAAAGAAGCCAAUAAACUAUCAAAUGAGACCGCUCACAGAAUUGGAGUUGCGGGACUCGAGCAAAUGAAGAGAAUCGACCCAGUUUUUGAUACAGAAUUCGCCAACGAUCUAUUCUCUGAAGAGCGUGUAGACUUUGUCAGGUCAAUGCUCGAAAAAGGCGCCAAUGAAGAGCUCAACAAACAAAUCGAAAAGCUUCUUCUGGAACUUUCUCCGUAUCUACAACAUUUCGCUUGCCAACAAGUUCUUGAAUUCCUGAUCCACACUUAUCAAAUCUACUCUUUCAACGCCGAGACGCUUCUUCUCACUUUUCUCCCAUUCCACGAGACCAAAGUCUACUCCAGACUUCUCCGUAUUCUGGAUUUUGACUGGAAAAGAUCGAAAGAAUGGCAAUUUAUGCAGCAAUUCACGAAGACGGAGACACCAAUCCCAUUCACUUCAAUCGCAAGAGCCACGUUGUCAAGCAAGCAUUCGAUUAUUACCUGUAUCACGGAUCACAUCAGACAUGCUGUUGAGAUUGUUGGAAGUGACUAUUUGGAAAUUAAACAUCCUAUUCUCUUCAAUUUUCACGCGAAAUUGUUGUUGAGCAUGUUCACGGAUCCAGAAAAAGUCGACGAAAUGAUGCUUGCCAAGUUGAUGCCGUUCAUCGAAAAUGGAAUUAAAAGCCCAAUGAAAUCUUUCCGUUACUCUGCAAUGGUUGUCAUCUCCCAGCUGGUGUUGACGGUGAAGCUCAAGGAUGAGGUUUUGAACUCAAUGUGCAAGCUGCUGAUCACAAAAAUGCGAUCGGACACCGCAGCAGCUUCACUUUCGACUCUGAUGGUUGUUUUCCAGCAGCAAAACGUGCAGAGUUUGUCGAAGAAUACGCUGAAGAAGCUGCUCCGCCACGAGGAAGGCAUUGAUGUCUGGAAGAUUCUGAAGGAACUCUCAGAGCGUACAGAUACGACAAAGUUCUUCAAUGUUCUGUGGAAAGAACUUAUUGUGUUGUCAAAAGAUGCAGAAUCUGAAGAUAAUACCUUGGCGAUUGAUGUUCUUAUAGAAACUAUUGAAGAUGCUUCGAUUUUGACUGGAGAUCAAGCUGGAACAAUCUUGAAGCUGAUCCUUCAGGAAGGAAUGGACGGAAAUAUUUUCGAUAAUAAGAAGAAGCUGAAAUCGAAUAUUCGAGCUAUUGGAAUGCGAUUUGCGAAGCAAUUUGAUGCGAUUCACGCCGAAUUGAAGGCUAAGGACAAGAAAACCUUGAAAAAUGUGCUCAAAGAAUACCAAAUUGAAGAUAUUGUGCAAUUCGCCAGUGAAGCUGUCGCUGCCACUCAAUCUGAGGAAUCUAUUGAAAUUAUUUCCGAGGAAGCUCCAUCUUCCAAGAAAAUCAAGCUCACCGCUUCAGAAAAAGCUCAAAAGCUGGCUCAAAGUUCAGAAUUCGCGAAACGAGAAGUUUUCUCCGGUGACCCGAUCAAUAAGGCGACCGAAUGGUUGAACGGAGAGAAAUGGGACAAAGUCGAAUGGGCUCUGAAUGAGAUGGCUCAACGAGGAGAGAAAUAUUUCAGUCGUAAGGUGGAAGAUGACGUCGAGCAAUUUGUGUUGGAGAUUGUGAAGGUUGUCGGUGUUGGAGGAGUCAAACAGAUUGAUGGAGGCAGUGUUAAGGCUGCGUUGGCUGGGGCCAACCUCAACCCCCAAUUCGUCGCUGACCUGCUCACCAAAUUCGAUGGAGUCUCGGAAAUUGCUCCAAAACGAACCAAGGGUGCUCAGAAGAAGAAUCUCGUCGAAAAAACGUUUGGAACCGAAGAAUCAUGGGAAGCGUUCAAUCAACGUGUCGUAUUUGUGUUGGAUCUUCUGAAUGCUCGUCAAAUUAUUCCGUCGAGUGAAAAGGUUCUUGCUGCUCUCUUUGCAGUUGUUAAGCAAGUGAACUCCAAAUCCGACGUGGAAAGCUCGUCAUACCAGCAGCAUCUCGCUGUGAAUGCCAUUCGAAAGAUCCUUGAACAUCCUGAAAAGACAAAGAUCGGAGCGUCGGAAGUCGACAUGGAUUGUGUUAUCGAAACGAUGCGAUCCACUCACAAUCAUCACCUCCUUCGAGAUUGUCUCCGUUUGAUUGUGGCCGCUGCCAAGCACACCCCCAAUUCAGUGGUGAAGCACGUGAUGUCUGUAUUCACGUUCAUGGGAAAUGGAAUGCUUCGAAAAGACAAUGAAUUGACACUUUCAAUCGUCGAAAAGACUGUCGAAUCGCUGUUCUCAACGAUCAUUAAUAGUUCUGGACAAGCGGUGCUCACCAAGCAACAGCAAACCGAGAAGCUCAUCGAGUUGGCUCGGCUCUUCGCCGCGAGUGCUAUAGAUAUCCCAGCACAUCGUCGAGCAAGAAUCGCACAAGCCAUCGCUAGAGCUGUUCAAGCAGAGAAUGCAUCGACUGUUGUGCUGGUGUUGGUGUCCAGUUUCUGUGCUCGCUGGCAGAGAUCUUCAGAUGCAGCUGCUCAGGAAGCAAUGAAGCGAGGAUCGGAUCAAGAUGCUUAUGAUGAUUUAGCAAUUGAACUUCUCAGUGCUCUCAAUCCAUUCGAGCAGCUUUCAAGUGUCCUCGAGAUGUGUGAAUAUGUGCGUCGUCUUGGAGGUGAUAAGCCAGCGAAGUCCACCACCACCAAGAAGGAUCUGGACACGAUGAUCUUCGAUCGAACAGCUCAGACUUUGCCGAGAAUUCGACAUUUCCGAUAUGUAGUGGUCACUCUUAUCUCGAGAAUCUUCUCAAAUCGAGUAUUGAUUGAAAGAUUAGCUGCGUAUGAUGACGAGGAGCUUCUGAAGAAUGCAUUACCACUUGGAAAGAGGCUUAUCGAGUGCUCCGUUGAGCUGGAUGAGUUUGCGAACAAGGAAGCCAAUGAUCAAGAUGGAUCAGAUCCACAAGCUCAAAGAUAUUGGGUUGCAUUCGCGUCAAGAACCGAGGUGGUCAGUGAGAAGCUGAGACACUUGCUUCCAGGAGGUGUAGCCGCUCGUCUCAUCGCUGAUGUUCUUCAAGAGUGUGUUAAUGACAAGAAGAUGUCGUAUAAGAUGUGCGAGAAAGUCCUGCAACUCGCGAACAUCAAGCUCGGACACGAUCGUUACCUAUUCGCCGAUAGUGGAAUCAACGAGAAGGAGCUUAUCACGUUGGCUCAGGCUCUCAACAAGUUUAUCGUUGCCGAGACGAAGAGUGAGGAGAAGAUGAGAAUGUGCCAGAAUUCUGCGUAUACGUUGAAGUUGAUCGCGAAGAAUCUUCCGUCACAAUCGGAAUCGCUAGUUCUCGCAGAUACAAUGCAACGGUGUGUGAGCAUUGUGAGCCAAUAUCAGAAGCUCGACGAGAAUUUGACUGGAAAUGUGCUUCUUCUUGCCGGAGAGCUCAUUCGUUCGCAUAAUAUGAGAUCUACGAUUCAUCAUGCGACAAGUCUUUUGAAGACGUGUCUAGCAACUGUUCAGGAGUGUAUCGCCAGAUUCUCGAAGCCUCAGUAUGAUUCUGCAGCAUCUCCAGGAUCAUCGGUGGCAGGUGGACGUGGAAAUCGAGGUCACCGAAUCAGACAACAAUCACUGGGAGGAAACAAGUUUGGAAGUGAUACCUUAUUGAUCUGCUCCCUAACAUGCAUCCAACGAGUCUACGAUCAAUUCGCCUCAUUCGUCGUUGAAUCGACUGGUGACGUCAUCAUUCGAUAUUGUCGGCUUAUUGCUCGAUUCGGAGAUCCAUCGGAGCUCCUGGCUCUCAAUCAACCAUCUUCUAGCACAACAGCAGCAUUCCAAGGAGGAUCACAGACUAGUGGAUUUGGAAGUAAAACUGGAAUCCAUCAUCGUCUAUCGUUGAUUCGUCGUUCAUUGCUUUCUAUCGAACUUCGCGUGCUUCCUGCUCAUAUUGUGAAGACGGUUGGAGAGUUGAAGACUGAAAAGAAGGCUCUCAGUGCUCUAUUCAACUUGCUCACUGGAUACAUCGAAACUCAACAUCAACAGAAGCCGGAAAUCCUCCGUAAAUCAGUAAUUCAGCUCAGAAGAACCUUCGUCAGUGAUGUCAUCACUCCAACAUUGAUUGUCAGAAGUCAAGAACGUCAAUCGGAUCAAUUUGAGAAUGUUGAAAAGCUCGAGCACACUGUCUUCAAUUUCGUUAUCUCCAUUGCCAGUAUUCUCAGUGAAGUGGAAUUCCGUACAGUCGUCAAUGAGCUCGUCGCUUGGGCUGAGCCGGGUCUCGAAGCGAAGGCUGAUUUGGCAGCCAGACUUCGACUCGUUUCACUUCUCCACUUUGCCAAUGAUCUCUACACUUCGUUCAACUCGUUGGCUCUUCCAUAUUUCGGUCGAAUUUUGGAAAUUUCUGCGCUCGUCCUGAAGAAAUGCAAUGCGACGCUGCUGCUCGGAACAGAUGAGCUGUUGUUGAGUGGAAAACGAGGAUCAAUUGAGGCAUUAGAGACGGAUCUGGCACUGACACUUGCGAUUGAUGUCAUUUCGAAUGCUGCUAGGCACAGAGACUUUUUCACUGUUGAUCGUUGUCAAUUGGUGUCGGAUGUGAUAGUCAAUGAAUUGGUUAACACGAAGGUUGAAGGCCAUGAGAAACGUUGUUCCGAUCACCUGGUUCCAGCCAUCUACCGUAUCGGAAAUGCUGAUCCGGACAGCUUCCCAGAGCUUCUGAAUAAGAUAAUGCUCAAGACAAGAGAUUCGAGAGCAAAGAUCCGUUAUCGUGCUCUCAUUGUUCUCGAGUUGUUGAUCAAGGAGAUCGGAGAUGGAGUACAACCGCAUCUUUCGAUUCUUCUUCCGUUCCUUAAUGAGCUUAUUGAAGAUGAGAACAAACAAGUCGAGGCACAAUGUCAAAAGGUUAUCAAUUCUCUUCAACACAAAUUCGGAGAGACAUUCUGGAGUGGCGGUUCAUCGGCUUAAAUCAAAAUAUUUGUUUUUUUGUUGUUUUAAUUGUUGGUUUUGUGUCUUUUUUUCUAGCUGUUUUGGUUUUUAAAAUUUUUUUAAAUUUUGAUGUUUCAAUAAAAAUCAAUUAUAAG